AUGGGAAGCUUUGUCUCUCUCGGGAGCGGAGGAACCUCCAGGUCAUGGGGUGUAAACCUUCCAGGUCAUCAUCUGGUCAUUAUUAAGCUUACUAUGGCUGGCUUGGACAAUACUGAACCUGAAGUUCUCAGCUUUUUCUUGUCCAGAUUCUUCCUUAUGGAUAUGAUGCCAUGCAUGAAUGUUGAACUUGCUGACUCGCUAAGCAAAAGAGGAAUAUUCAGCGUACAGCAACUAUUGUAUCUCCCCAAGGCAACUUUGCAGACCAUGAUUGGAAAUUUUCCUGCUUCAAAAUUGUAUCAGGUGCAGACUUCUAAGAUAGUUGACACAUGGCUGACUAAUCCACAGGAUAUGCAGCCUUUUCCACGUAUCAAAGUGAAAUUAAAACUUCAGCAGAAGGACAGCGGAAAGUCUCGCUCUUUAGACAUCACACCGGUGAACACCAAUUUCAGGCAAAACAAAUUAAGAGCGUUUACCCCGCAUUUCCCUGAGGUGAAAACGAAGCAUGGUGGUUGGUCCUUGGGAACACCUCAACAUGGGAAUUAUAUGCUCUCAUAA